AUGUUGAGAUCCAUCACAAAAUCCUCUUUAGCUUCCUCAAACUCAAUCCUAAAGUCCUCAAUCUUACUCAAUUCUUUUAAGUCGUCUUGUCUCAUUAAAAGAUUUCUCUCCUCCUCCUCCUCGCUAGCAUCAAACCAAUCGCCACCAGCUCAAGAUGUCUUUCUCUCUUCCAACAACGCCAACUACAUUGACCAAAUGUACUCUGCCUGGUUAGCCGAUCCCUCCUCUGUCCACAUAUCUUGGAAUGCCUACUUUAAAAACCUAGAUUCUGGCUUGCCUGCCUCCAAGGCCUUUCAAACUCCCCCAAACCUUUUCCCUCUAGGAUCCGGAAACAUUGGUGUCGCCAACAUCACCCCUCCAACUGACAAACCAAUGAACGAAGACGUUAUAACACAUUUAAAAGUCCAGCUACUCUGUAGAGCUUACGAAGUGAGAGGCCACCAAGCUGCCAACCUAGAUCCCUUGAACAUCUCCUUCGGUACCCACAACAAACCUGCUGAACUAAACCUUGACUACUACGGCUUUACCGAAAAUGAUCUCGACAAACUCAUCACUCUUGGUCCUGGUAUCCUCCCAAGAUUCUCCAACAACUCCAACAAGGGCCAAAUGAAACUAAGAGACAUCAUCUCCUCCCUAGAAUCUCUCUACUGCAACUCCUACGGUCUAGAGUACAUCCACAUCUCAUCAAGAGAACAAUGCGACUGGUUGCGUGAAAGAAUCCAGGUCCCAACUCCCUUCCACUACUCAAACGACCAAAAAAGACAAAUUCUCGAUCGUCUCAUCUGGGCCACCUCCUUUGAAUCCUUUCUAUCAACAAAAUUCCCCAACGACAAAAGAUUCGGUCUUGAAGGUGAAGAAUCCGUCGUCGUCGGCAUGAAAUCUCUUAUCGACAAAGCUGUCACUUUUGGUGCUGAAGACGUCGUCAUUGGUAUGGCUCAUCGUGGAAGAUUAAACGUUCUCUCAAACGUCGUCAGAAAACCAAACGAAUCAAUUUUCAGCGAAUUCACUGGCUCCAAAAAGGAUGACGAGGGCUCCGGUGAUGUCAAGUACCAUCUCGGUAUGAACUACCAAAGACCAACUGUGUCUGGUAAACACGUCAACCUAUCUGUUGUCGCCAACCCCUCCCAUCUCGAAGCUGAAGACCCUGUUGUCUUGGGCAGAACCAGAGCUAUCCAACACUACAAAAACGACAUCGGUACCUUCAACAAAGCCCUUGGGGUUCUCUGUCAUGGUGACUCUGCCUUUGCUGGUCAAGGUGUUGUUUACGAAUCAAUCGGCUUAACCGCCCUUCCUGCCUACACCACCGGUGGUACUAUUCACAUCAUCAUCAACAACCAAAUCGGUUUCACCACUGAUCCAAGAUUCGCCAGAUCCACUCCAUACCCCUCUGAUCUCGCAAAGUCCAUCAACGCCCCAAUCUUCCAUGUCAAUGCUGACGAUGUCGAAUCCGUCGUCUUCAUCUGCGAUCUAGCUACUGAAUGGAGAUCAACCUUCCACACUGAUGUUAUCAUCGAUGUCGUUGGAUACAGAAAACAUGGCCACAACGAAACUGAUCAACCUUUCUUCACUCAACCUAAAAUGUACGAAGCCAUUGCAAAAAAGGAAUCCGUUAUAGACAUUUACUGCAAAAAAUUAAUCAAAGACGGCACCUUCACCCAGGAAGAUAUCGAUGAACAUAAAAAAUGGGUCUGGGGCCUCCUAGAAGAUUCCUUUGCAAGAUCAAAAGAAUAUAAACCAACUGCAAGAGAAUGGCUAACCACCCCCUGGGAAGGUUUCAAAUCUCCAAAGGAAUUGGCCGAAGAAAUCUUGCCCCAUUUCCCAACUGGUCUUCCCACUGAAACCCUCAAACACAUCGGUAACACCAUCUCAAGCUGGCCUGAAGGCUUUGAAGUUCAUGGUAACUUGAAGAGAAUCUUGAAAAACAGAAAGAAAUCCCUAGAUACUGGUGAAGGCAUUGAUUGGUCUACCGGUGAAGCCCUCGCUUUUGGCUCUUUAUUACUAGAAGGCUACCAUGUUAGAGUCUCCGGUCAAGAUGUUGAAAGAGGUACCUUCUCACAACGUCAUGCUGUUCUACACGAUCAAAAGACUGAAAAGACUUACACCCCCUUGAAAAAUUUAGAUGAAAAACAAGCUGACUUUGUCAUCUCAAAUUCCUCUCUAAGUGAAUAUGGUGUUAUGGGUUUCGAAUAUGGUUACUCCUUAACUUCUCCUGACGCCUUGGUUGUUUGGGAAGCCCAAUUUGGUGAUUUUGCAAACACUGCUCAAGUCAUUGUUGAUCAAUUUAUCUCAUCUGCAGAAUCAAAAUGGAAGCAACGUUCCGGUAUUGUCUUAUCUUUACCUCAUGGUUACGAUGGUCAAGGUCCUGAACAUUCUUCUGGUCGUUUAGAAAGAUACCUACAAAUGUGCUCAGAAGACUCAAGACACUUCCCAUCCCCCAAAAAAUUAGAAAGGCAACAUCAAGAUUGUAAUAUGCAAGUCAUCUAUCCAACUACUCCUGCCAAUAUCUUCCACGCUCUUAGACGUAACAUGCACAGACAAUUCCGUAAACCUUUAAUCAUCUUUUUUUCAAAGAACCUUCUUAGACAUAAAUUAGCUAGAUCCAAAAUCGAUGAAUUCCUCGAAGGCUCCUCAUUCAAACUCAUUAUUGAAGAAGAAGUUCCAAACAAACAAGAUAUCAAGAGAGUCGUAUUAUCCUCAGGUCAAGUCUACGCACAACUUUAUGCCAAGAGAGAAGCUCUUAAAAACACUAAUACCACUUUCAUAAAAGUUGAACAAAUAAAUCCUUUCCCUUUUGCUCAAUUACGUGAUGCCUUUGACUCUUAUCCUGCUUUAGAGGAAAUUGUAUGGUGUCAAGAAGAACCACUCAAUAUGGGUGCAUGGUCUUUCGUCUCCCCAAGAUUGAACACUACUUUAGCUGAAACACAAAACUAUAAAUCGUUCAAAAUAAGAUAUUGUGGUAGGGAUCCUUCUGCUUCUGUUGCCGCAGGUAGCAAGAAAAUGCACAUCGCCGAAGAAGAAGCUUUCUUGAAUGAUGUAUUUAAUACUAGCAAUUAA